AGUGUGUGUGUGUGAGUGAGUGUGUGAGAAUGUGUGUGUGUGAGAGAGAGUGUGUGUGUGUGUGUGAAGGCGCAACAUAUAAACAUAUAUAAUAAAAUAUAUAAUCUACACCUAAAUAUAACUCUAUACCUGACAAAUCAGAAAAUACUGUAUAUCAACUACACCUAAAAAUAGCCCUAUAACCAAAUAUAUAUCAUAAAAUAUAUGAUACACACAUAAAUAUAACCCAAUAACUGAAAAUAUAUCACAAAAUGAAUAAAGCACACACACAUUUAACCAUAUGAAUGAAAAUAUAUCGCAACAUAUUCACCGAUCAGACACAAGAUUAAAUGCACCUGCCUAAUAUUGUGCAGGUGCCCCUCGUGCCACCCAAACAGCGCCAACCCACAUCUCAGAAUGGCAUUCAGACACGCAGUCACAGAAAUACUCAAACCAGCCUGAUCAAGCUGAGAGACCAGGAGCUCAGACCAGGAGAGACCAGGAGCUCAGACCAGGAGAGACCAGGAGCACAGACCAGGAGCUUAGACCAGGAACUCAGACCAGGAGCAGACCAGGAGCUUAGACCAGGAGAGACCAGGAGCUCAGACCAGGAGAGACCAGGAGCUCAGACCCAGAGAGACCAGGAGCUCAGACCCAGAGAGACCAGGAGCUCAGACCAGGAGAGACCAGGAGCUCAGACGAGGAGAGACCAGGAGCUCAGACCAGGAGCUCAGACCAGGAGCUCAGACGAGGAGAGACCAGGAGCUCAGACCAGGAGCUCAGACCAGGAGCUCAGACCAGGAGAGACCAGGAGCUCAGACCACGAGAGACCAGGAGCUCAGACCACGAGAGACCAGGGGAGACCAGGAGCUCAGACCAGGAGAGACCAGGAGCUCAGACCACGAGAGACCAGGAGCUCAGACCACGAGAGACCAGGAGCUCAGACCAGGAGCUCAGACCAGGAGAGACCAGGAGCUCAGACCAGGAGAGACCAGGAGCUCAGACCACGAGAGACCAGGGGAGACCAGGCGCUCAGACCAGGUUUAAGAGCUUCAUAUCCGAUAAGAAGGUCAAUUAUUGCUAAUAUCGGUUUCCCAGUGACUGUAAAUGAUUUGAUAUGAGAUGUAACAGGAGUGCAGGAUGUGCUGCUGAUACAGGAUCUCAUGUGACUCAUCAACUGCAUGACACGCAAGUUAUGUACAUUAAUAAUGGCAAAGACUCCGCAUUAAUGCAUUACUGAUAUUGCGAUCGGUGCAGCUGAUGAAGCAUUUGAAUGACACGUUGAAUUUGAUCAAAACAAACGUUCUUUUAUUUUUUUAUCCCGUCUCAUAAUACAGAGAAUAAAGACGCUCAUGUGACAGAUUAACCCCUUAUUAGAUCCAUUCAAAACAAUGAAGAGAACACAAAAGAAAUCUUACUUAUAAAUGUAUAUAUCUGUAUAUUAGAUAUCUUUGCACAAUCAUCAGAGGCACUGAAACUAUCAGAGAAUAUAAACCCGACAAACACUGAAGAGAACUCCUCAAACCGCACAUAAACAUUAAAUAUCAGCGCUGUAGAAUCAACAGAGCGGCCCAUGAGAACACUUCUAUAGCUAACAAACGUAUAGAUCUUCCAUGUGUGAAUUAUUAUGAAUAUAUUAUCAAGUCAGAGCCUCUUAAAUACGUUUCAAAAACAAGUUAAAUGUGUUUUCUAUGAUGGUCAUGUUUGUUCUCAAUGACGUUUCAUGUAGCAGGUGUAUUAAAUACUUCAUUGAUAUGGUUUCUGAUUUAACGAGGGUCUCCAACAACAUGCACAAACUGCUUUACUGUGUCAUUUACAUUUAUGCAUUUGGCAGGUGCUUUUAUCCAAAGCGACUUACAGUGCACUUAUUACAGGGACAAUCCCCCCGGAGCAACCUGGAGUUAAGUGUCUUACUCAAGGACACAAUGGUGGUGACUGUGGGGAUCAAACCAGCAACCUUCUGAGUACCAAUGUAUUAUACAGAGCACUUAUUACAGGGUCAAUCCCCCCAGAGCAACCUGGAGUUAAGUGCCUUGCUCAAGGACACAAUGGUGGUGACUGUGGGGAUCAAACCAGCAACCUCCUGAUUACCAGUUAUGUGGUUUAGACCACUACCACUCUUAUCAGCAUUUUAUAAACUCUGAUCACAUGAUGUUUGUUUAUAAACACGUCAGAGAAAAUAUUUUCUUACACUGCAAAAAAACUCAUUCUUAAUGAGAGUCUGAGUCUUGUUAUCCAGUCAAAAUAUCAAAACAUCCCUAAAUUAAGAAUUUAACCCUUUAAGAUCGGAUGAGCCCGCAAGAAAAAAACCAAAUGUCAAAAUAAAAUAUUAAACACAAAAUAGGUGUCGAUUGAAAGCUUAGAAGCUCCAGUGCAUGUAGACAUUAUGUGGUGGUGGUGUAGUGGGCUAAAGCACAUAACUGGUACUCAGAAGGUUGCUGGUUCGAUCCCCACAGUCACCACCAUUGUGUCCUUGAGAACUCCAGGUUGCUCCGGGGGGAUUGUCCCUGUAAUAAGUGCACUGUAAGUCACUUUGGAUAAAAGUGUCUGCCAAAUGCAUGAAUGUAAAUGUUUUGAGAAUAAAAUAUAAUAAUAAAAAAAUGCACUGUAAAUAUUAUUGCAGUCAGUAAAACAUCAAACUGAUCAAAUAUUCAUGUGUCAUAUGUUGUUGGAAAGCUCUUAAAGAGUAAAAUACAACCAGACUAUUUGUUUCACUCACUGAUGAAAAUAUAGCGAGUAACAGCUAAUUAUGUGUCUUUGACAAUUAUGAUGGUGUUGCUUAUAUGCCACGUUUUCACUUAUAACUUCAGAAAAUAUAAUAUAUCACAUAUGAUUAUUUAGAGUCUGUGAUUAUCUUUCAAACGAGUCCACACACAAGAUAAUCAGAUGUAUAGAUCAUUAGAUAAUCCACAUGAAGCACAAUGUUACAUAUG